AUCAAAACGAUUCCAGCGUGCCACUGAAGAAGAGAAAAGAAAAGGAAUACGAAGCUCCACGCGCCGUGCGUGGUUUUAAAAAAGACGAGAUGUCUCUCGAAAUAAUGCUUCUCCAAGACGAGGGGGCUGGCUCCUUAAAGACGAUCGGAGUCGUAGGGCAGCGCGGAGUCGGAAAAACAACCCUUUGCAGGACGAUUCUAAAAACGAGAGGGUGAAGGCUAGCUACAGUAAAAUGUUCUGGAUAACCUUGUCGGAAGUGCCCGGGGUACAGACAACCGGAGUUGAAGAUACGGAGGAAACCGUCGAGCUCGUAUCCGACGUGGACGGCGUUUCUUCACUGCUGGAUGUUCAUAACCAGAAACUAAAGGAGGAAAAGUGUUUAAUCGUGUUUGAUGAUGUUGGGGACGCAGAGGGGGACAACUACUACAAAAAGCUCAAGGAUUGCUUCAAAGGAAUUCCAAACGAGAACGGGAGAGCAGUUAUCGUGACGUGUAGAUCUGAGGAAGCGGCGAAGAAACUGUUGGGGGACGAGAAUUUGCACCGUCUUCAGCCCCUGAACGAUCCGGACAGCUGCUGGUGGAUAUAUAACGAGGCGGUGAGAGAUAAAGAGGUAGCGGAAGAUGAAACGGUUUCGAAAGAGGUGAAGGAGGAGCUGAUGAAGAGGUGUGGAGGUCUGCCAUGGGUUGCACGGAUGAUGGGUAAAAUCAAGGCUCAACAGCUAUCCGACGACAAAAACAAAGCUAAUCAGAAUAACAACACUGCCUAA